UGACUCUGGAUGGUCAGAGAGCCGCAAAGAGGAGGCGCGCUCCCCCUCGGCACUGUGUCCGCUGCUCUGCUCCUCCGCUCCUCCGAUGGCCCCGUCGGCCGCCCCUCUCCUCCGGCCGAGGUCUUAGCAUGCCGAGCGCGCUGCUCCUGGUGGACGCCGGCCUGGAAGAGGACCAGAGACGGACGCGCACGAGGGAAUACCGCUGUGCCCAUCCAGCAUGCUCCUGGGAGAGAUAGACGAGUUCAUACACCAGUCAAUCGUGAAAGGGAUCAGUGCACUUCCCCAAGAGGACCGCUUGCUCAAGUUCCUGGUGGAUAAUUCGGCUGACAGUGAAGAGACAGUGCAGUGCGCCAACUGUGACCUGGAGUGCAAGAAACAGGAUGUGGAUGCAAUGUAUUAUUGCAACACUUGUAGCCAGCCCCUGUGCGCAGACUGCAGGGAAGCCACACACAAGGCAAGGAUGUUCUCCCGGCACGAGAUCGUCUCCCUGGCCAAACGUACCAAGGAGGCCCACAAAAAGUGCUCCCUGCAUGAGGAACUCUACAUCAUGUUUUCCACAGAAAAGAAGUCCAUGCUGUGCAUCAACUGUUUCAGAGACAUGCAAGUGGAGAGCAGAGCACACUGCAUUGAUAUUGAGACGGCGUAUAUACAAGGCUGUGAAAAACUGGACCAGGCCGUACUUGCGGUGAAGGAGCUGCAGACAUCAGCCCGAGAGGCCAUCAUCCUGCUCAAGGCCAUGAUCGGGGAGGUGAGGGCCAACGUGGACGAGGAGGAAAACGCCAUCAGCACGCUUUUUAACAACAUGCAGGAAAAACUGGCUGAAAGGAAGAAGAUUCUUCUGAAAGCUGCUCAGAGCCAACACGAGGAGAAGGAGAGAGCUUUCAAAGAGCAGCUGUCACACCUGGCAGCCCUCCUGCCCACCCUCCAGGUUCACCUGGUCACCUGCUCUGCCUUCCUCAGCUCAGCCAACAAGUUUGAAUUCCUGGACAUGGGCUAUCAACUGAUGGAGAGGCUGAAGAAGAUAGUGAAACUACCACACAGACUGAGGCCAGCUCAGAGCAGCAAGAUCAACACGGAAUACCGGUCUGAGUUCGCCCGCUGCCUGGAGUCUCUGCUGCUGCUGGGCCAGCGGCGAUCGGUGUCCGCCACCGGGAGCGUCUCCGGGCUGGGCCACGGCAACGCCGGCGGACUCCUUCAGUCCUCCCUCUCUGCACCUUGCCACUCCCCCUCCACCAUUGAUAUGUCCCUUGGCUCGUCUGCGGUACGCAAGCCCACCUCCCACCGCUACAUCAGCACCAAGGUCCUGCUGGCCGAUGGUGGGGAAACGCCCUUCGCCGAGCACUGCCGCAACUACGAGAACAGCUACAGGACUCUGCAGACAGAGAUCCAGAAGCUGAAGGACCAGGUGCAGGAGAUUCACAGGGACCUGACCAAGCACCACUCUCUCAUGAAGACCGACACCAUGAGCGAGAUCCUGGAGAGGUCCCUGCACAUGGACGGCGAGAUCGCGUCCGAGUACUCCGCCGUGGAGAUGAUGAGGGCCAUGUUUGAGGAGAUCUGGGAAGAGACGUUUCAAAGGGUGGUGAAUGAGCAGGAAAUCUACGAAGCACAGCUACAUGACCUGCUGCAGCUGAAGCAGGAGAACACCUAUCUGACCACCAUCGCCCGGCAGAUCGGACCCUACAUCCGCUCCAUUGCCAAGGUCAAGGAGCGCCUGGAGCCCAGACUGAAGGAACCCAAGGAGCUGAAAGAUGACCGCACUGAGACUAUGCUGAAGGUCUAUGAGGACACCACAAUGGGGACCGAGACUCAACACAGGAAUGACCUGACUUGUGGAGCAGAAGACAACCGUGAGAAGCUCUUGGACAACCGAUCACUUAAUAUCCUGUCUGACGAAACUGCACUCAAGAGCAAGGAUUUCUAUUGGGCGGGGAAACAGAAGAAUGCCACCGAGACACCCAAUCGCAAAGAACUGCCACUAUAAAUCCAGUCAAGAAGAGUCCUUUUUAACACUGCGCCCAUUUUGGGGCACCAAGACUUGUACUUUCCCAUACCCUCCCCUGGAACAAAAGCUGUUUUUGCUCAUGACUGAAACAGCUAAAGGACAAAACUGGAUUGUCUUCAGACACUGUCAAAUGGAGUCACAGAACACAACCAUACACAACACAGCCUGAUAAAAUGUACAUUUAUUUUGGUCGCUAGGAUCAUAGAUUGUUCAUACCAUAUUGGUUUCCGUGUCAUGGUUUACUCCAUUCACAAUAAGUGCCUUCACAAAACCGAAAUGUCAAGAGCAAUGUAAUCAGACAGAGGGCUUGGAUUCCUUUGAAAGGUCCCGACCAGGCCAAUGAAAAGACUGCAUAUCUGUAUUCAGUAAUCAAGGACUUUGUGUUCCAGUUGAAUGAAUGUUUUACUAUGAAAUAUAUAUACGUUUAUACUAGAGUGUAAGAUUAUGCUGAGAGAUGUUGAAGGUUUGUCUGUAUAGUACUGACAGUAGGCUAUAUGGACACAAGUUAAAAUGGGAAAGAUCUUGAGUGAUUGCUAGAUAUCCAGAGGAAAUGAAUAAAUGUAUGCUUCUGUGUA